CAGAAUUGAUUGGUGAAGCUAUUAAGAAUAAACCAGGGUUCAUUGAAUUACGUAAGAUAGAGACAGCACGAGAAAUUGCAUCAAUUUUAUCGCGAUCACAAAACAGACUUUUAUUGGAUUCUGAAACUUUAUUGCUUAAUGUUUCUGAUGUUUCAAAGUAA